UCGUGCAAGGCUGUUCCGGUUAGGCAAGGCGUGGAAAGAUGGCGGCGCCCAUGGAGUUGUAUUGCUGGGCCGGCGGGUGGGGGUUGCCCACCGUGGACCCCGAUUGCUUGGCCGUUUUGACUUACGCGCGAUUCACAGCGCCCCUCAAACUUCACAAAAUCUCCAAUCCCUGGAGAAGCCCCUCUGGAUCGCUCCCGGCGCUCAAGACAGCCGACGUUAUUUCCGAUACGCAAGAAAUCAUCACCCAUUUUAGGAAACAGCAAUUUAAUGCAGAUUACGACCUCUCGGCGUUGCAAGGAGCGGACACUCUAGCUUUCCUCUCUCUGGUACAUAGGAAGCUCCUGCCCGUGUUGAUCCAUACUUUCUGGGUGGACGCAAAGAAUUACGUCGAGCACACGCGGAAGUGGUACGCGGAAGCCAUUCCGUUCCCGCUCAAUUUCUUCCUGCCGAGCCGAAUGCAGAAAACGGCAGCUGGAGCGUUUGCAGACGGUCUGCGGGAAAACUGGCAGGACGACGAAGAGCAACUGGAAAAACAGCUUUAUCGAGACGGCUGCGAGUGCCUCACUUUGCUGUCUCAACGCCUCGGCAGGAAGAAAUUCUUCUUUGGCGACUCACCUGCCUCCCUGGACGCCUCCGUCUUCAGUCUUCUAGCCGGCCUCUUCAACGCCAAACUUCCCAGCGCGAAGUUCCAGCAGCACCUGAAAUCGCUUCCAAACCUCUGCAACUUUUGCACGUCUAUUUUGAGCCUUUAUUUCCCGUGGGACGGAGGGGAUCCCCCACCCAACCUCCACAAAGCGGCCUCCGGCGACGUCAGCGACGCCGAAGGGGAGACUCACAAGCGACGCAACCAGUUCCUCUCCGUCCUGGUUGCGCUGGUGGCCAUGGUGGGCUACGCCUUCCUGUCCGGGAUCGUGUCCAUCCAGAAAGACACCCCACACCAUGCCGGCCCGCACGCCAUCACUCUGGACGAGGCGGAAGAAGAAGAGGAAGAGGAGUGAGGAAAACCGGCACCGUUUUCCUGUACCGGCUUCCAACAGACUUAAAAAAAAAAUUUUUUUUUUUGUAUGGCCAAGCUGACUCCGGUACCGCUGUCUCAAAAACUUUUUUUUAAUCCAUUCCGGGGUAAUCAAGCUCAAUAAAUCAAAGGGAGGUGCUGGUUUAA